UUUUACUCCUCCGCCGUUCAGUAUCUGCCUAGUUAAUGUGGUGAUGUUGCUUUCUGUGAAUAGACUGUGAAUGGGUAUAAAUAUCGUGCUGUGCGGUCCGCGUCCUGUUUAGUGUUUUCCCCGUGAGACUUUAAGCCCAAAAAUGACGAAGGACAGGUUAGCGGCUCUAAAAGCGGCCCAGAGCGACGAUGAUGACGUCCCGGACGAAGUCGCCGUCAACGUCGAGGGGCGGGACGGCUUCAUGGACGAGUUUUUCAACGAGGUGGAAGAGAUACGGAAGAUGAUAGAUAAAAUACAGAUGAAUGUGGAGGAGGUGAAGAAAAAACACAGCGCCAUACUCAGCGCUCCACAAACUGAUGAAAAGGUCAAGCAGGAGCUAGAGGAUUUGAUGGCGGAAAUUAAAAAGACAGCGAAUAAAGUCCGUGCCAAACUUAAAGUAAUCGAACAGAAUAUCGAACAAGAAGAGCACACCAACAAAUCGUCAGCCGACUUGAGAAUACGGAAGACUCAACAUUCGACCCUCUCUCGAAAGUUUGUUGAAGUAAUGACUGAAUACAAUCGCACACAGACAGACUACAGAGAGCGAUGUAAAGGCAGAAUACAAAGGCAGUUAGAAAUAACGGGUAGGACGACAACCAAUGAAGAAUUAGAAGAAAUGUUAGAAAAAGGCAAUUCUGCUGUGUUCACCCAAGGUAUCAUAAUGGACACACAGCAGGCAAAACAAACAUUAGCUGAUAUAGAAGCUAGGCAUGCAGAUAUAAUAAAAUUAGAAAACUCAAUAAGGGAACUCCAUGACAUGUUCAUGGACAUGGCCAUGCUUGUUGAAAGCCAGGGAGAAAUGAUCGACCGUAUAGAAUACCAUGUUGAGCAUGCAGUGGAUUAUGUGCAAACGGCGACGCAGGAUACAAAGAAAGCGCUCAAGUAUCAAAGUAAAGCUCGCCGGAAAAAAAUCUACAUUUUCAUCUGCCUGACAAUAACUGUGUUAAUAUUAAUAAUAGUUUUAUCCGUCAUAUUUCUAUGAAAGUCCAGGGAAUGUUGGACAAGGAGGGUUUUUGGAAACGGUGGUCAUUUCAAAAAGCUUUAUCCGGUUAGGCAGCAAUUUGAAGCGAGUAAAUUUUAUCUUUACAAAGUGAGCGCCAUUGUCACAUAUCUAGGUUCCUCGUUUUCCAUUUCAAACCAGUGUAAUGAAGCCUGUUGUAACAGAUUUUUUUUAGAGCGCCACAUCUUCUUACCCUAUGUAUAAUUGUAAAUAUCCUACUUCGGCAGUGACAAUAACUCAUAUUAGUCAUUAAAAAGAAAAUUGUGUAAAUCAACUCUCUCCUUGUGUCAUGUCAAAUAUUUUGGAUCAGGUACCUCUAGUUCUCAUGCAUUUUUUUUUUAACACUGAGGACCUGUAAUAGAAAAAAAACCUUUCCUUUGAACUAAAUGUUAAUUGUAUGCAUUUAGAAGUAAGCUAUUCCAUUUCAAACCAUUUUUUUAAAUUAUAGUACCCAAAGUAUCUGUUCAACCCUGUACAAUAAAAAAAUGAUAUUUUAGUUAUGCUUGUACAUCUGUAAAUCUGAAUGUGACCAAUACCUGGCCUGACUGUUUCAAUUGAUUUCUAUAGUCUUACAAUACUAAACCAAAGUAAUUUUAUUUAUUUAUUAUUAUGAAACCUUAUGUGUUUAUUAUUUUGUAGUUAAAAUAUUGCUAUAUUCAUUUUUCAAAUAUCUGUGGUUUUUCAUUUUUGGUUAUUGUUAAAAGAGUGAGUAUUUCAAACAGUUGACAAUUUAAAGUUCACAUUCAGGUUCGACAGUGUUGAACAUGAAUUAUGUGGUACCAAAGAUAUGCAUACUGUUACAUGUUAGUUGAUUCGAAACGUUUUCAUUGUGAAAAUCUCAUUCUCUCACCAUUCUUCUGGUGAAAACUCUUUGAGAUCUUUUCUUCACCUUUGAGAUAACAAAACGCACAAAACUAUAUUUAAAAUGCCAUAUAAGAGUAUCCACAUUCUGUCCGUUUACUAUAUAUUUUUUCUUUAAAGACAAUUUGUUUCCUGUUAAGUUAUAAAUGUAUUCAUUAUUGGAUAGUUUGUUGUUGCUCUAUAAGAUUGUUUUAUUCCUUCUGAAGGGACUGUUUUUUCUUUCGUUACAAUGUAAGUUAAAUACUAGGCGUAUAGGCAUAUAUUUUUUUAUGCAAUUAAAAACAAUGCUGCCCUAUAUUAUAAUUAUUAUUAGUAUAAUUUAAUUUAAUAAAAUAUUUAAAUUAUUUGUACACAAAAGUUGUGAAAACAUGUUAGUGUAAAUAAGCAUGAUUUUAGAUUUAAAAAAAAAUCAAGAGUAUGAAAAUUGUCUUGAAAAGCAUAUAAAUUGGAAAUAAUUUAUUUCAAAUCAGUUGGGAAAUGUAGCGAACCGUUUUGAAACCAAAUGUACACAAUAGGACCAAAUAAACAAUUGAAUUACCUAGAAAAUCCCUCUAGGUAAACCGUAAGUGAAAAUGUAUCCGGGGUGUUCAUUAAUUUAUAAUACUCUUAUGAUGUAAGUAUGUAAGUAAAAGGUAUUUGGCAGUGAAACAUUAAAAUAUAUAUAAUGCAAAACACCCCUUUUAUAUAUUAUGUUGUCUGUCUCUAGUUGUACGUACGUUAAGAAAAUAAUGUUAUUGUAAGAGCAAGGAAACCAUGAGUAGCACAAGUGGAAAUUUGAAGUUACUUAAACAUUAAAAAGAAAAAAGUGGAAGACAAAAGGAGACAGAAUUGGUGUUCUCCUAUGGACUUCUGUCUAUAGUGAUUUUACUUUCAUUUUGCUUGCUCAAUCAAAAAAUAUGAAAAAAUGACAGGGUGAGCAAAAAAAGUGAAAUUAAGUAUAUGCUUAAUCAAAUAAAUUAAGUGUGGAUGCAAUACAAGUUAUCAGAGGUGCACUCUAACAUUGAGCACUGGAUUGACUAUUUCAAAAGAUUAUAAAUAAAUUUACCUUUUUUCCUUGUCACUUUGGAGUAAUAAUUGUAAUUACCUCAGAAUUUGAUUAACAGAACAAAAAACAAAUUGUUCAAGGAAAAAGAAAGUAAAAUAACUAUAUUGUUUUGGAGACAAUUCUGUGCGGUGUGCCUUCAAAAAAAAAGAAAAAAAAAAAAAAAAA